AUGAGUUCUGACAUCGAACAAAAAGACCCCACUUCCGAAACCAAUGGAAGCACAGUAGUCGACAGCAGGCUUUACAGUGUUCGCUAUGUUGUACAAAAUCCCUCCGAAUCCAUAAAUACAGUGAAAAUUUCUCCAGAUGGAAAAACCAUGGCGACUUGUUCGUCCAACGGGGUCAUCAGAGUUUAUGAAUUGGCGUCUGGAACGCUCAAACAAGAACUCCGGGGACACGCUAAGGGGGUUUCUGACGUGGACUUUUCACCUAUAAAUUCUGACAUUCUAGUAUCAGGAUCUGAUGAUCUUACAGUACGACUCUGGUCGAUCUCUCGAGGCAAAUGCUUGAAGGUGCUUCGGAAACAUACCUAUCAUGUCACCACAGUCAAGUUCAUAUCGCGUGGAAGUAUCUUGUUGAGUGGAUCUGCUGACGAAACCAUCACCGUUUGGGACCUCACUUCGGGCAAAACUUUGCGUACACUUUCGGCUCACUCAGACCCCAUACUGUCAGUAGCGCUCACGCCAGACGACACCAUUAUAGUCAGCGGGUCCUACGAUGGACUCAUGCGUUUAUUCGACUUGGAAACCGGUUACUGUCUCAAGACUCUUGUAUAUAAUAGUGCCAGUCAAGGCACAGCAACUGCUUCUACAUCUGACGUGGUCAACUUUCCCAUUUCCUACGUCAACCUAUCGCCCAAUGGAAAGUAUAUUUUGAGUUCGAGCCUCGAUGGUGCCAUAAGACUCUGGGACUACAUGGACAAUAAGGUUAUCAAAACGUACCUAGGAGUAGGAGACGAGCCUAAUAUCAGCACCAAAUUCACCUGUGAGACCUGCUUUAUAACCUGUACAAAAACCCCAUUGAUAGCAUCGGGUUCGGAGAGUUCCGGCUUGCUCUUCUGGGACGUCCAGACGAAGAAAAUUGUGUGCCAACUAAAAUUGUCAGAAGGCGCAGUUUUGGGCGUGACAUCAUACGACGAUGGAAAGGUGGUGGUUUGCUCGGACAGCAAUGGAACGGUUACUGUUUUGGAUAUAAAUGACGUUGAAUAA